GUUUUGUCCACAAGGAAAUACUGAUACUGCAAAACCACCGAGUAGUAGCCACAACCCUCUCAGAAAUUUCAAAAUCAAAAUGCCAAAUCGAUAUUUAUCUAUCUCUUAGCCAUCACCAUCCAAGUGUUCAACCUUAAACUCUCGUGCUCUCUCUCUUUCUCUCACUCACUCACUGCCUCUCUGUUUCAGUGUUUCUCUCCCCUGUUAUCUCUGAACAUUGAACGUGAUUUUUGCUACUUUUUCGCUUGUGCAUUUUUUCUUCCUUCACAGCUACCACUAGUAGAUUCGGUGUUAUUGGACUCUCCCACAAAACCCCUUUUGCAGCCACGUCUACAGAGUCAAACCCAACCCUUUUUUUUUUCUUUCCAAACCCAAGCACAUAAUUUUUCUCCACCCUGCUGAAAAAAAAAAGGCAAACUUUUUCGCUCACAAUUCGGUUGAAUUUUGGACCAAGAUGGGUGCAGGAGAUUACUACAAGAUCCUCAAGGUGAACCGCAAUGCCUCGGAUGAAGAACUCAAGAGAGCAUAUAAGAGGUUGGCCAUGAAGUGGCACCCAGAUAAGAACCAUCAGCACCACACUGUUACGAAAGAAGAAGCUGAGGCUAAGUUCAAGCAGGUUUCGGAGGCUUAUGAUGUUCUCAGCGACCCCAAGAAGCGCCAGAUCUACGAUUUUUAUGGCCACUAUCCCUUGAACUCUUUAAAGGUGAAGGGUGAUGGGGGUGUUAGGGUCCCCAAGAACGAGAACGUUGGGGUGGUUGAGAGAAAAUUGCUGUGCACGCUUGAGGAACUUUACAAAGGUUGCAAAAAGAAGUUGAAGAUCUCAAGGACUAUACAUCAUGAAUUCGGUAAGUUGAAGACUGUGGAAGAGAUACUGAAAAUAGAUAUCAAACCUGGUUGGAAGAAAGGCACAAAAAUAACAUUUCCUGGGAAAGGCAACCAAGAAGCAGAAGCUAGUGCUGCUGAUGAUCUAAUCUUUGUGGUGGAUGAAAAACCACAUGCUUUAUUCAAGAGGGAUGGAAAUGAUUUGGUUGUGACACAAAAAAUCUUACUUGUAGAGGCUCUUGUGGGAAAGACUUUCAAUUUAACAACCUUGGAUGGAAGAGAGCUCACAAUUCAAGUGACUGAUGUUGUGAAACCAAAAUUUGUGUUGGUGGUCCCAAAUGAAGGAAUGCCCAUCUCAAAGGAACUUGGAAAGAAAGGAAACUUGAGAAUCAAGUUUGAUGUUAUGUUCCCAUCAAGGCUUACCACACAACAGAAGUAUGAGCUGAAAAAGAUUUUGAGCAACACUGAUGACUAAUUUAGUCUUUCAUGUGUUGUGGUUUUUUCCCAAUUAACACAUGAGGUGAGAGCUCAGUUUACGGUGUAAAUACUUAAAAUACAACUUUAGUCUUAGACAUGAAAAGUGUGCAUAAUACAAAUAAACCAAGCAUGUUACUACCAUGUCUGCAGUGAGGUGUAACUUUGGAAUAAAGCGAUUUCAGCUGUUAUAAGGGUCCUGGACUGUGUUCAAUCAAUAUUAAAAUGCAUUAUUGAAUGGAUGGGAAUAUUUACAGUCCUAAUAUGUUUAUUCA